GGUCCCAAUAGCAGCUUUGUUCUGUUGUCAGAUCUCUGUAUACUAAACACAACAUGGCAAUUCCAUGGUCUUGAUAUCUCUAUUAAGCCAAACUUAUUUUUCAUCAAAAUGGAGAAAUUGAUAAUAUGGUGCUAUGUAUUUUGCAGUUUUUUCGGCUUUGCCCUUAGUCAAUGCAGUGCUAAUAACUUGGUGAGCACUGAGAGUCUUCCUGCUGCUACCCGGACCCUCCAGACCUUUAGUUCCCCAGGAUGGAAGGUGUCCUAUUACUCGAACAUGGACUGUAAGUGGCAGAUAACUGCCGGGAAUGGUAACCGUGUCGUGGUGGACAUGCGGGAGUACAUUAUAGAAGAUGGCGAGGGACCAGAAUGUGUCUAUGACUUCCUCCAGUUCUUUGACGGAUCCAGCACUAGCGCCCAGUCCGUGACGGUCUGCGGUACAGCUCGUCGGGGCAGGAUGUUUGUGUCCACUGGAAAAGAUGCACUUAUCCGACUUAAAAGUGACUAUAGUUUAGAAAUGGCCGGCUUCACAAUGAGAUACUUCAUCGGAAAAAUGGAAGAUCAGGGUGGCUGUGCUUCUAUCGUUGUGAGUUUGACAGCAACCGGUACCGUCCAAUACCUGACUAACAAACAAUGGCCGGACUCUUACGACGAAGGGUCGUUGUGUCAGUGGCGCAUCACCUCAUCUGCAAAGGUAGAAAUACAGAUUCUGUUUUCUGAUCUGAUGAGCGGAGAGGAAUGCUACUCGGACACGCUUGAUAUAUAUGACGGGUCUAGUGAUGCCUCCACCCCUCUCACCCAGACAUUCUGUGACAGCAGAGAUACAUUUCCCAGUAGGAAUACUUUGACAUUUUUAACCAGUGGUACGGAUGCCUUUAUCAAAUUCAGAUCCAUUCGAAGCGGCUGGACAAGACAUGGGUUUGUCUUGAGCUUUAGACAAGAAGGAACUGCUGCUACCACUACCCAAGCCCCCACGACGACCACCACACAACCACCGAAUGACGUGUGUAGCAGUGGUACUAUACAGCUAACAGCCACAAACGACACACAAUAUAUACAGUCUCCAAGCUAUCCAAUAUUCUACUCACCGAACCUGAUAUGUUCUUGGUUGAUCCAGGGACCGGAAGGAAGUCUGAUUCAGCUGAAGGUUAUAGAUUCCUAUCUGGAAGACAGUGAGGACUGUGUAGGAGACUCUGUUAACAUCCAUGAUGGCGGCAGUGCUGAGGCAGCUGUGAUUGCUACAUACUGCGGGGAGAUCUCUAGCAGCGUCAACUCCACUAGCAACAAGUUGUACAUCCGGUUCCGGUCGGAUGGAUCCGUCGGUCAAAGAGGGUUCAAUCUGGAGUAUACAGCCCUUACAGACUACUCGGCCCCAUCUUGUGUUCCACCUGCAGGAGUAACAAAUCUUGUUGCCAAUUCUACAGCCCAGUAUUUUGAAUCACCUAAUUACCCUAAUAACUAUGAUAACUCAACAACAGUUUACUGGCUGAUUCACAAUCCCACUGAUAGUGGUUAUAUUAAGCUUGAAGUAGAGGAUUCUAGAAUUGAGGCUAAUCCGUCCUGUUCAUUUGACAAGGUUACAGUAUAUAGAGGUCCCUGCACUACGUACCCUGUCCUGGAUUCUUUCUGUGGGGUGGAGAAGCCCACCAUCACCCAGUACACUGGCUCCUAUGUACUAGUGGCCUUCAUUACGGACUCCACUGCUCAGUUCAAGGGAUUCAGAAUCAAGUACUACGUCACCACAGAGAGAGAAAAGACCAGCACUUUUUGGCAAGAUGUUGCACUGAUAGCUGGAGUAACUAUUGCGGCUAUUGUUGCUGUCGGAUUAAUAGCAGGGUUAGCAAUAGCAAUAAAGAAAGGAAAACUCCCUGGUAUGAAAUCGGGUAAACCUAAAAAGCGCCGUCUAUCGGUGUCUAGUGUUAGUAGUAGUAGUAGCGAUAGUGACAGUGACAAUGACGCCAAGAAAAAGCGCCGCCCAAAGACCGCGCUCAGAUCCAAAACGAAAGUAAAACUACCACCAGUUCAGUCAUCCAAUGUGGACAAACUACCAGACUUACCCAUAUCAAAACAAAGCAAAUUGCCACCUAUUUCAAAGAUUUCUAAGUGAUUCUGUGAAUACUGCAUUUAUUGUAUAAUGCCCGGAUUGAUGCAAAUUGACAGUGUGUGGGAAUUUACUUUAAAA